UCAAGUUCCUCACAUGAGGGGUGGAAGGAUCAAACUUGAACGGUUGAGAAACAGUUUUAUGAAUGUUCCGAUAGAUGCGACCGAGGAGAUCGUCAAGAUGUAUGCCCGUGCAUACAUACUUCACAUGAUCGGUACUAUUCUAUUCCCGGAUUCCACGAAGGAUUCGGUGCACGUGAGGUGGUUGCCACUCCUGGAGGAUCUUGUGGAUUGUGAGGGAUUGUCAUGGGGGAGUGCCGUGUUAGCGUAUCUGUAUAGGGAGAUGACCAAAGUGACUCUUGUUCAAAACAAAGAAUUCAAUGGUUGUCUCACUCUGCUACAGAUAUGGUCUUGGGAAAGAUUGCAUUUGGGUUGCCCAGAUUUGAGAGAGGCACGUGCUCUCGAUGACCAUAUUCCGUUAGGCUGCAGAUGGAAUGUAUCUAGAUCUUGGCAUACCUCACCAAAGGGCCAUGAAAACUUCUAUAGGAACGAACUCGAUCAAAUGGAGGACGAACAUGUCAACUGGAUGCCAUAUGAACAAGUUUUAGAGUCACUACCAGAUAUAUGCACAGAAGAGCCGGAUGUGUGGCGUGCUCGCGUCCCGAUCAUAUGUUUUGAGAUUGUCGAGAUCCACGUGUCCGACCGUGUGCUCCGACUAUUUGGGCUACAACAACAUAUCCCGGGCCCUGUGGAGAUAAUAGAGAGAAAUCCCAGAAAAGGUGCACAUCGUCAAGAUUGGGAACAUAUUCACAGUGCUUACAUCAGGAGGUGGGAUAACAGGGAAGAACAGUUGGUGAUGGAGAGGGUUGACGCACCUGACCUAGGUGUGUAUUUGCGGUGGUAUUGGGGGAUUACUCGCCGGUGGAUAUUUCAGGAGAACAAAGCCCCUAAGGAAUACAUACCAAGAGGCCCAGUUAAGAGAGAGUUGGUACAAGAGCUCGAAGAACUUUCUACUAUGGCGCAUGAUGCAAUCCGAACGACUACCGAGCCAGGGCCGAGGAACACGUUCCUUCGCAUGAUCAAAAAGAUUCGGUCCGCUCUUCAAAGGACGCGUAAUGCAAGACGAGAUGGACGUGAGGAGCGACCAAUUGAGUACGGUCGUCGUCGAUUCCGAGGACACAGGGGCAGGCUCAAGCUGUGCACAUGAUGAAGCUGGCGGCUCACAGCAGGCCCAAGCCGGAUGUUCACAGUCGGUUCGAAUCGAUGAGGAUGUCAUGCACUCCCAACUUCACACACAACCGGACGAGGAACUGACCCGAGCUCACGUCGAAGGUGAACGUGUCAGGGGGAGGGGGAGAGGGAGAGGAAAGGGAGUUGUAUCCGAUUGAAACUGAAUAUUAUGCAUCUGAUUGAGUAUUGAUAGGAUGUUUGCGUUUGAAACUAAAUAUUAUGUAUUCGAUUUAGUAUUGAUUAUUAGUAUGUGAAUUGCAUGGUAUGUAUCCGAUUGAUUAUGGAUUUUUAUUUGAGAUUAUUUAUUGGUAUGUGUGUUAUUAUGAUUGUGAUUGCAUUGUGGAUUGAUAUGUAACAGCAGGAGUUUGAAUUUCCAGCGGAGUUCGUAUUUCCAGCUAUUUCCAGCUGAAAGAGUCUGCCAAAUGGUCGGGGUUGGGAACCCCGACCAUUUUGUGCACGAACACGAAACGAUCGGGGUUCCCAAACCCGACCAUUUUGUCGUAGCAAAAUAAACAUCAGCUACCUCUCUGCCAAAUGGUCGGGGUUGCCAACGCCGACCAAUUAGAGAAGGGCCUAAAUUAGUCGGGAUUGAAAACCCCGACUAUUUUAGC